UAGCUCCAUUCUUGAAACAUAAGGUGAAAAUAUAUAUCAUAUAUUUUCUUUUCUAAAGAAAGGAAUAUGAAUGGGCUAAUGAAUCAAUGAUAUGAGUUGCCUCCCCUGUUUCCAGUCUAAGAAAACCAACGAGCCACCGGUACAGGACAAGCCUGUCCCGGUUGCUCGCCCUGCUAAUGAUCAUCCUUCCUCCUCACCACAUUUUGAAAACAACUACAAAGCAUCAUGUGAAAAUGGUAAUAAUAACAACAAUCGUGCUCAUCAAGAUAGCCCUCCUGUUGAAAAUGGAGAUAGCAGCAACGCGAAAACUUUCACAUUCCGUGAGCUAGCAAGCGCAACAAAGAACUUCAGACAAGAAUGCCUAAUAGGGGAAGGUGGAUUUGGAAGAGUCUUUAAGGGAACACUUCAAGGAGGAGAGGUUGUGGCAGUAAAGCAACUAGACAGGACUGGAACACAAGGAACCAAGGAGUUUCAAGUUGAAGUCUUAUUGCUAAGUCUACUUAACCACCAAAAUCUUGUUAAUCUCAUUGGAUACUGUGCUGAUGGAGAUCAAAGAAUUUUAGUCUAUGAAUACAGACCAAUGGGCAGUCUUGCUGAUCAUCUAAUUGACAUUAAGGAGGAUCAAAAGCCAUUAGAUUGGCAAAACAGAAUGAAGAUAGCCUCAGGUGCAGCAGAAGGACUUGAGUAUCUACACGAGAAGGCCAACCUGCCAAUCAUAUAUCGU